AUGGGAUUUUUCAUGUCGACGAAGAUCGGAGGGAUUCUUGCAUUUGCCUUGGUGUUCCUGUCCCUUACCGUGUCAGGAGACUCAGCAGAUGUGAAGUGUGAGAACAUUUAUAAGGACUUUUCUGAUUGUGUCCUGGAGCUGGGAGACAGCAUGGACAACUAUCAGGAGAAUGUGACCAGUGAGAGGGGAGUUGCAGCAGUGUGCAGCCACUGGGAAGCUUUCCACACAUGUGCCCUGACGGCGCUGUCUGACUGUCAGGAGGAAGUCAGCUCCAUCUGGGAGACACUGAGGCAGGACUCCAGGAAGAUGCGCUUCCAAGGGAGUCUGUUCGACCUGUGUAGCCCCAGCUCUUCUCCCAGCAUAAGUUCACCUCUUGCUGCACUUACCCUGCCACUGAUAGGCAUGCUGAUCACGACUGGGCCCUGUUGGUCCUUAGUAUAA